AUGUUCCUUUUCCUUUCCACUUUCGUUUAUACAUAGUAACAUCGCCAUUUCCUCUACUUAAAGUCUAAAACGCCCAAAAUUAUCACUAUCUAUACAUAAAUGAUGCAUACAAACUCUGGAUUUUCAUUUUUCUUGAUGCUGCUGCCACAGUAUCCUGUGAAACUAGCACAAAUGGUUAUUUUUUAUCUGUUUUCUUUAAUAUUGGCAAUGGAUAUUACAGUCAGUGGAUGGAGAACUGGGGUUGAUAGUUUGAAUAUGAAUUAUUACAUGAUGAAUUGUCCGUUUGCUGAGGGAACUAUAAAGAAUACUGUUAAUAGAGCUUUGCUAUCUGAUCCUACUCUUGCUGCAGGCCUGGUCAGGAUGCAUUUCCAUGACUGCUUUAUCGAGGGAUGUGAUGGAUCAGUACUACUCGAGUCAAAAGAUAAUACAUCAGAAAAAAACUCCCCAGCAAAUUUAAGCUUGAGGGGCUAUGAAAUAAUCGAUCAAGCCAAGGAAGAACUUGAAAUGCAGUGUCCAGGAGUUGUUUCUUGUGCUGACAUUCUUGCAAUGGCUGCAAGGGAUGCUGUUUUCUUUGCUGGAGGGCCAGUGUAUGACAUACCUAAAGGAAGAAAAGACGGAAGAAGGUCGAGAAUGGAAGACACGAUCAAGCUUCCUUCACCGACCUUAAACAGUUCUGAGCUUAUAAGGAUGUUUGGGCAACAUGGCUUUACUGCUCAAGAAAUGGUGGCUUUAUCUGGGGGGCACACACUAGGAGUGUCAAGAUGUUCAUCAUUCAAACACAGAUUGAGGAACUUCGAUACCAUUAAUGAUGUGGAUCCUACAUUGGACAAAAAUUUUGCAAAAACACUGUCCAAAACAUGCAGUGCAGGGGACAAUGCUGAGCAGACCUUCGAUUCAACGAGAAACAGUUUUGACAAUGAUUAUUACAGAGCACUGCAGAGGAAAAAUGGUGUACUUUUUUCUGAUCAAACUUUGUUUGAAAGUGCAACAACUAGAGGAAUUGCGUAUGGUUAUGCUCUGAACCAGGCCAUGUUCUUCCUAGAUUUCCAACAAGCAAUGGUGAAAAUGAGUAUGCUUGAUGUUAAAGAAGGGUCGAAAGGGGAAGUGCGAAAUAACUGUCGUCUAAUUAACUAAUGUGUAUGUAGAGGGUCGCUUUAGUACAUUUUUGUAAAUUCUUCUCAUGAUAGUGUUGUUACCUUUACUCCUACAUUGUUUUAAUGAAGAUGCUUUGACAUACGUGAAUUUCUUGAGAAUCAA